AUGACAUCUAAUUCUUCACCAACAGUAGUAGUUAUUCUACUUCUUUCAAUAUUAGUUCAAAUAUCACAUGCCACUGUAUCAACUAUAUUUGGAUUUGAUCAAGUUGGUGUAACUUAUAGAUCAAUCAAUGUUGCAAAUGGUCAAUCUGAAACUAUAUUUACCAUUCCUGAACUCGAUCAAAGAAUAUACCAAGAGAUGCCAUACAUCUCAGAUGUAUUGGCAAUUGGUGUUGGUUGGGUUGAUUAUGUAAACAAAACAACUGUCAUUGACUUUAUUGAUAUUAAAAACCAAAAAUUAGAUACAUCUAUUGUUUAUUACAACUAUAGUCAAGUUCAAGGAUUAUACUUUGAUUAUGUGAUUAUGGAUCCUACAAAUCAAAACUUUAUAGUCUUUGAUAUCUAUCAUUAUGGAUCAAUUGUUACACUCGAUAUUGAUACACUCAACGUCAUACCUGGAACACCAAACAUCACCCUACCUCAGGUAGCAGCCGUUUGUUAUCCAACUUGUUAUGCCACUGAAGCACAAUACAUAUUUGAUUAUCCAAAUAAUAUUGUUUAUGUUCAUGCCAUGUAUACAUUUUAUCAAGAGGAUGAUCAAGAAGAAGAAUCAGAGAGAUAUGAUGAUGAAAAUCAAGUAAUUGAUCAAUCUGAAUUAAAUCUCCCGCUACCAUGUGGUCAAGGAGGUUGUCAAUACAUGCUCACUCUAUCAAUCAAUAAUGGGUCGGUUUUGGGAGCUGUUAGACUUGGAUUCUACUAUACCAUGAAGUUUAUCAAGGUCGAAUCGCCAACCUCUAUCAUUACAUUGUAUUUGGCACCAACACCCGAAGUGGCGUCUACACAAAUCAUAUCGUAUAAUCCAACCAAUGGUAAACACAGUGUCAUGGUUUCACCUAAACACUUGCCAUACGGAGCAUCAGACCCUGUCGAUGCAGCAAGUCUAGACGAUGAAAUCUACUUUAUCUACCAGGUACCACUCCCACCCAAGGGUCAGGUAUACGGUCAAAUGUUGGGAAUCUAUAAUAUCACUUCUCAAGAUUUCCUUUAUCGUCAAACCAAUCCAAACACUACAUUUAUCUAUGUUCCUCCCAACUAA